UUUAUUUUCUAACCUAUUUAUAACUUUAUACACACUGGGUAUUAAAUAAAUAGUAUUUUGGCAUGCAAAAUCUAAAUCUAGACUCACAAACUGUAUGGAAUCCUAUAAAUGUUUUUAAAAUAGAGGAUACUUUUAAAUAUGCAAUUGUAAUAUUAAAUCGACCUAUACUUUUAUGUAAUGAUCAAGUAUUAUCGUUAUGGGAAAAAGCGCAAGUCACAGUCACAGUAGACGGUGGUACAACUCGAUGGAUAGAUUAUUUAGGUGAUCGUGCUAAUAAGCUACUUACAGGAGAAUGUAAAAAGUAUUUGCCAAUGUUAAUUACAGGUGAUAUGGAUAGUGUCGUAAAAGAACAGUUAAUCAAGUUAGAACAAAUGGAGACUAAUGUAAUAUUUACUCCUGAUAUAAUGGAAACUGAUUAUACAAAAUCUUUAAUUGAACUUAGGAAAUAUAUUUUACAUAAUAAAAUAGAAUUGAAUGGAAUUUAUGUUUUUGCUGAAACUUCAGGAAGGUUGGACCAAAUAAUAUCUAAUAUAAAUACUUUACACAAAUCUGAUAAAUUAAUUGACUAUAUACCAAUUUUUCAGAUAGCGAGUAAUUCGUUAACAUGGUUGUUGAAAUCCGGAAAGCACGUAAUAAACGUUCCAGAUAUUCUAUUGAAGAGUAAGAGCUGGUGUGCACUAAUUCCAUUUGAAGAUACCAAUAGUUGCGUCACUACUACUGGCCUUAAAUGGAACUUGAAUAAAACUAAUAUGAAAUUUAGUAAACUAAUAAGCACAUCAAAUACCUACGAUGGCCAUAAUGAAAUUACAGUGAUUACCAAUGUUACAUUAGUAUGGAUAAUGGGAAUCGAACCACUUACAAGGAUCUAUAACACAUAG